CAAAGCUUCAGCGCAUCUCCUCCCCUGUCCGGCCAUGGAUUCCCCCGAGUCUUCGCCCUACGCCGGCCAGAAACGCAAGGUAGCCGACAUGAGCUCCGACGACGAAGACCACCGCCCGGCCAUGGGCUUUCGCGGCUUUGCCCGCCCGUCAUCGCGCUCCGAAUCGCCUCCCUCCCACGGCGGCCUGGGCAGCACGCGUCGCAACCCCUGGAAUAACUCGGUGCAGUCGUCCAUGAAAGGAGGGGGCAACAAUGCCGGCAAAGGCGGCGGAGGCGGAGGCGGAGCAGCCAACUCGUUCGCCGCGCGCAUGAUGGCCAAGAUGGGCUACGUCGAAGGACAGGGUCUUGGUUCUACGGGGCAGGGUAUCAUCAAUCCGAUCGAGGCUCAGGCCCGUCCGACGGGUGCCGGUCUGGGUGCCGUCCGCGAGAAGACCAAGCAGGCGCGCGAGGAGGAGAAACGGGCGGCUGCCCACCGGGGCGAGACCAUCGAGGACAGCUCGGACGAGGAGCGCAAAAGACGGCAGAAGAAGAAGGAGGCGCGCAAACGAGAGGGCCGCAGUGGAACAGGCACACCGGUGGCUCGCGCGAAGCCCCAGUUCCGCACAGCGCGCGAGAUGGAGAAGGACAUGGAGGGCCUGGAGGUUCCGAACGUGCUCAAGUCGCUGAUCGACGCUACCGGGAAGGAACAGAAGGUGCUGACAUCGACCGCGGGCUUGAUGACACCCCAAGGGUUCGUCUCUCAAGGCGAGGGGGAAGCCUGGAAGAUUGCGCAGCGAGCGCGGAACGACCUGGAAGCCUUUGCGGACGAGUGGAAGGGGCUGGCGGAGCGCAAGACCUAUAUCGACAUGGAGGAGGCUCAGAUCGUGGACCAGCUCGACACCAACCAGCUGAAAGCCGACCAGCUGACAGAGCUCGUCGCAGCCAUCGGAGACCUGGAGAUCUUCCAACGCGAAGACACCCGCGCCCGGCUGGACGAGAUCACCGACAAGCUCGAAUCGAUCGAGAUCAAAUACCGCAACGACAUCGACGAAUACCGACUAUCAGAAACCGCCGUCGCCGCGAUCCAUCCUCUCUUCCGGCAAGCGAUGGAGGAAUGGGAGCCCCUCAACGACCCAACCUACCUCGUCUCCAACCUGCGUCGUCUGCAGCCUCUUCUCCUGCGCAAGACCCAAACCGAACCCACUCAGCGCCAGUCGACCUCCCCCUACGAAACCAUGAUCUACACCCUCUGGCUGCCGCGCGUGCGCUCUGCCCUCCUCAACGACUGGGACGUCUUCGAGCCAGCCCCAGCCACCUCCCUCAUCGUCGCCUGGAAGGAACUCCUCCCCCCCUUCGUCUACGCCAACGUCCUCGACCAGCUCGUCGUCCCCAAGCUCACCAACGGCCUGAAGCAAUGGAAGCCCCGCAGCAGCAGCCGGCGCCACACCUCCUCAUCCUCCUCCCACAACUCCCGCUUCCCCUGGUGGCUUUUCACCUGGCUCCAAUACCUGGACGACCGGCACACCAACCCCAAACAACCGACGGGUCUUCUCUCGGACGCGAAGCGCAAAUUCCGGGUCGUCCUCGACACCUGGGACCUCAGCAAGGGUCUGAUCCCGGGCAUCGAGCUGUGGCGCGACGCGCUGGGCAGCGAAUUCGAUCCUUGUCUCCGCAACCACCUCCUCCCCCGUCUUGCGCGCCACCUUCGCGACUCCUUCGAAGUCAACCCCCAGGACCAGGACCUCGCCCCCCUCGAAGACGUCCUCAAAUGGUCCCCCUUCUUCAAACCAAACGUCUCCGCCCUCCUCCUCGUCGCCGAAUUCUUCCCCAAGUUCCACAACAUCCUCUACAUCUGGCUCACCAACGACCCCAACUACGAAGAAGUCGCCGAAUGGUUCUCCUGGUGGCGCAGCCAGAUCCCCUCCCAUCUCAACGACCUCUCCAUUGUCGACGACGAAUGGAACACUGCCCUCCGCACUAUGGACCUCGCCUCCCAGCUCGGCGACCGCGCCGCCGCCGAACUCCCCCCUCCCACCACCACAACACCCACCACCAGAACCACCCAACCUCUCCCCACCACAACCUCUAUCCCAGGUGCACCACCCAAAUCCACCCUCCCCCCCACAGACCCCCCAUCCCGCAAACCCAAAAUCCUCGAAGAAAUCGCCUUCAAGGACAUUCUCGAAUCAUGGUGUCUCGAACAGGGUCUUAUCAUGCUACCCUUGCGCGAGGCCCAUCCGCAGAACGGCCUCCCUCUGUUCCGCAUCACCGCCAGCGCUACCGGAAAAGGCGGCGUCGUGGCUUUCGUGCAGGGCGAUGUCGUCUGGGUCCAGAAUAAGCGGGCCAAGGAGACUUGGGAGCCGAUGGGCUUGGAGGAGGCGUUGGUGGAGAGGGCGGAGGGGAAGUAAGUAUGUAGGUAGGGUGUUUUUUUUUUUUUUUUUUUUGA